AUGGCGCACUGCCAGCAGCAGAGUUUAGAUGGCCAUGGCGACACUCUCGAAGACAGCGCAGUCAGCAGCAGUGGUGCCGGGCACGCCGUCCUCAGCGCCGAAAGGCCUGGAGAAAAGGAAGCUCGGCAUGCAGCCAAGAUUCGAGAGCGCACGCGGAAGCGGGCAGCUGCUCGCAAGGAGAACCAAGGUGCUGGUGCCGAGUCCAGCGUGGAGGCAGCGACCACGGCGAGUGGAGGGUGUGAGGCCGCGGGGGCCGGGGUGAAGAAGGCCGCGGGGGCCAAGGAGAAGAAGCUGAAGAAGGCCGCUGGAGCCAAGGCGAGGAAGGCUGUUGGUGGGCCGCUCGCAGAGGCCCUCCAAGCAGCCAUGGCUGAGGCUGCUGCAGACUCUAUGGAGACAGCGCCCGCAGCAAGCAGUGUUGCGCCGUGCGGCUCGUGCAGUGGCGCUGGAGCGCCGGCUACAUGUCACGGCACCAGCAAGCAGGUGACGGUAACAUCGGACUAUGCAACUACGAAAAUGACCUGGAGAGUGGCCCGUAUCAACGACCGCCGCAGUUCUCCUCGUGGUCCAGAGUACCGUGUGCUAUGGCUCAGCCGUCUGCUCGUCAACCGACGCUACUAUCAACGUACUUGGGAGCCUCUUCAGCAACUUUUGGACGAUGGUUUCGCCAACGAGGUGGACCUCGUGGAUCGCUGGAAGGAGUCUGGCGUGGAGAAGUUCUGGCCCAAGGACGAGUUCGGCAAGCGUGCAAUUGGUGCUGACGCUCGUGGCCUGUGCAUGUUCAAUGCACUGAAGCGUGCGACCGAGCUUGCUGGACGCCCGGACAUCGUCACGCAGGUUGAUAUCGACACGUUUGUGGCUGAUGAACUCCGAGAGCCUGGAGUGGACCUCACAGGGGGUCCUUCGUGGAAGGUGGUGUUACGGUUCCUGCGCCGCCUGAGGGAUGCUGGCCGGGAUUUCAUCUUCAAGGCCAUCGCCAAGAACAACUUCACUAUUGCUGGACGGCGUGGAGCACUGGGGCACGCGUUCGUGCUAAGCGUCCAAGGGAAGGAGGGCAAGGUUCGGCGCAUCUACGACUUGAAGGAGCCCAAGCCAGUGGCGUCGGCGAUGGACUGGAUUACCUUCGUGGCCUGUAUUCGGCCUUUCAUUGUCUUUAAGAAAAGUAGGUAA